GUUUUAAAAAUCCCCUUAAAUGAUAAAGCUUGGUGAUAAGACCUACAAUUGCAGCUAGAUAGGCUCGUCUGAGUUACUUUCGCAAUGAUUUUCAACCGUGAGUUCCGCCUUGAAGAACGGUAAAAUGAAUCCAUUCUAUCGCCAUGAACUGAUUUGAGUUACAGCGGCCGAUCGUACAGUGUGUCUCAAAUUUUCGAAGAAAUCGCUCAAACUUUCUCACCAUUCCCGGUUUUUUUUUUGCUUUCUACUCCUCUCACCUGUAUGGACAUGUGGUAAAACAGUUCCUACCACGUUCCAUCCCACGAAAGCUUCCCCGACGAGCUGGUGCGUCGGCGCAUUUCACGCUCGGUUCGAAUCCCCCACCAGUUCACGAUGGCCCGACAAGAAAGCAUACAGCUGCACGAGCUGCCCUCGACGCGUUUGGUGCCGAUGCUGGUUGGGCUCGCCCGUCAGUCUUCGGGCGUUCGUGCUUCCUGCAUGGUAGCUUCAGUCCGUGAGUGAUUCCGUUCCGGCUAGCCAGCCAACACCGAAAUCCAUCACCCUCAAUUUCUUCCCCCAACUCUCUCACCCAAGGAUUUAGGAGGCUGUGGAGGUGAAGAUUUCAGGAUACUACGAAAGCUUACAGCAAAUAGAGUGUUAAAAUGAUAAAUAUAAAUGAUAAUGAAAAAUGAUACAUAAAAGAAUCACCACACGGCCGUAACAUUGACCGUUCGCCACUGGUACGGCAGUUCAACGAGAGACCAACAAGAAGAAAAACAAAAACACGACAGCACACCCAAUUAUGUACGGGACGAAAAAAAUCCACUGCACGGAUACGCUUUGCCAGAAAGUCCCAGCGCGACGACAAAAGUUCGACGAAUGUCAUCGAUGCCUCGAUAGUCAUCGUGGUGGCAGCAGUACAGCAGCGCAAACAGUCGUCCUGUAAGGUUACAGCUCCGGUACACUUGGUGUUUGAGUGUGUGUGUGAGUGUGAGUGGACCGCAACGGAAUAGCACAGCAGCAGCACUAUCGCCCACCAUGGCCAAAGGAUCAUUAAGUAUCACUGUUUAUGACGGUCGAGACUGAUAAAUGAUACAUACACACACACAUUGAGGAGUGAGGUUUCGCUAGCAUCAUGUUCCGGUCCGGUCUGUUCAUGCAAUCAGUUGUCCCUGGAAUGACCCAUGGAUCGUCGGAUUUUGAGAAGUGAUACGCCAGCCCACUGUAUUGUGUGAGCAGUUUCCUUGGCACCCGUUUUGCGAGCGAGUCUGUCGCUUCUUAUCUGGUCGAUCUGUUGACAAAAUGUUUCCCACCGUUGUGGAUAGCGGCAAGACGGCUGCAAGAUUAUUGCCUGGCGAUUUGUAGCAAUUUCUUUGUCCGGCCCUGUGGACACGGGGCAAUGGCGUCCAGUGAAAGGCGGCUCGUGUGUGGUCAACGAGUGUUGGUGUGAAUCAGUGCUGGGUCGAACGUGUGGCCCUCCGGCUGAGGCGAUCCCGAAACUACCAUUAGGAUCAUCCCUUUAGUCGCAACUUGUUCCCCGUGUCCCGUGUCGGUCGAGCAAUCAUAACUCUCGGUGCUAAUGAGAGACAGUGUGUGAUGUUAUCGUUUGUGGCGAACGUUUUUCUGCGCCAACGACGGAAAAAGAAAGGUGCUUCCUAAUGAAGCUCGGUGAAUGGUGGUCGUUCGGACGCUCACGCCAUUGUGGUGCUGCUAGACACAAACACAAUCGAAAUGGUGUAGCUGCCGAUCGUACGAUCUAACAGUUUUCCUGGUGCUGCUGGACCGGGGCGUACCGGCCAUCAGCAACGAUGGCCAACCCAGUGCAUCUGCGGUUCAAUCGCUGUUCUGCAAUUAGUUCUAGUGCACCAAUAACGACGAGUCAAUAAAUUGCAGCCAAUUGCCGAUAACCAUCGUUCCACCGGAUUCCGCAUCAAGACCGGCAAAAUGCUUUCUCACCGGAAGUGUAAAGUACCGCUGCGUGUUCCGGCGAGGUGUGCCACCGCGCUGAAACGGCAGGGAAAAAGUGUUUUUCGAUGAGAAAUAGUGACGCCAAAGUGAAUAAAAACGCGAUAAACGAGCGGGAAGUGGCGAAGGAAACGAUUUCAGUGUGCAAAGCAUCGUCAUAAAAUGUUGUUUUUAAUGGUGCGCACCGCUGGUGCUGCAUAGUUUUGCACCAUUUUCUUGAGGAAACUUCACUUCCAAGCGACCACCAAGUUGCUCGAGUGCAAAGCAUAUUCCGCCGUGCAGUGAACGCCAUUAGCGAUCGAGUGGUUGGUGUGAACGAGAGAGAGAGAGAGAGAGACAAGAACUAUCGCGCCAGCACCAAACACAUUGCGGAACGAAUUUUAACGAUAGCCCAGCAGCAGUGUCCAUGCACCAUUUCUGAAAAAAAAACAGAGUGGGGCUUGAAGUGCAAAACGUCAGCAAAACGGACCUACUCAGCACGGAUUCAAUCGCUCUCGAGAUGUGGAUUCGCUUCGUUAAGACGCGUAACUCGGGAAGUGUUAGGACAUUAGCUGUGAUGCAAACGCGAUCAUCUUCGCAGCACUUGUGGUGGAUAAUUUGCUCAGCAAGCGCACAGCUCAUAUUACCCAGCAGUUGAGUUAAUGUUUUCACAAUAGAAGAGAGAAAGAGAGAGAAAGAGAGAAAGAGCAAAAAACAUUACUGUGACUACAUACCAUUUGCAUCCAUCAGGCAAAUAAAUAGAUUCACAACAGCCCAUUUACGAUAAAACGCCAUUGCAGGAGGUCACCGUCCGAUUGUACAUAGUGUCGAAGUAGAAGCGGAUGCAAAACAUUCGCUAAUAGUCUAGUUCGUGAAAAAGAAGGAACCCAAACCAACAACAAAUUAUCGUAAAUUGCACACACACGCAGUUCGGCAAUAGAAUAUCGGGGAAAAAUGGUGUUCGUGAAAUUUCAAUACUUCUGCAUCGUUUUCUUUCUGCUGGUGCGCUUCCUGAACGGUGCCACGAUGGAUCUGUACAAAAAUUCGCGCCUCGGCAAUCGGAUCGUACAGACGCGGUACGGUCGGUUGCAGGGACUGGUGCUGCCAUUGGACGGUUACAAAUUUCUCAAACCCAUCGAAGCGUUCCUUGGUGUCCCGUACGCCACCCCGCCAACUAAAAUGAACAGAUUUAGUCCAACUCGUACACCGUCACCCUGGGACGGUAUACGGAUAGCGGAUAAGUUUAGUCCGGUAUGUCCCCAGCGACUGCCGAAUGUAAAUAACGAAACAGCAGCUUUAGAUAAGAUGCCAAAAGGACGACUGGAGUACUUGAAGCGUUUGCUACCUUUUUUACAGAACCAAUCGGAGGACUGUUUGUAUUUGAAUGUAUUCGCUCCAGUUCAUGCCACUCAAAGUGACAAGAAACUGCCUGUUAUAGUAUUUUUACACGGAGAAUCGUUCGAGUGGAACAGUGGCAACCCGUACGAUGGAACCGUGCUAGCCAGUUACAGUGAUUUAGUCGUAGUUACGUUAAACUAUCGGUUAGGUAUAUUGGGUUUUCUAAAUGCCAAUCCAAGUCCACAGUUGCGGGCGCGCGUCGCCAACUAUGGCCUGAUGGAUCAGAUGGCCGCCCUGCACUGGGUGCAGCAGAACAUUGCCAAGUUCGGGGGCGAUCCGGCGACGGUAACGCUGGCCGGCCAUGGGAGCGGUGCAGCUUGCAUCAACUUCCUGAUGACGUCGCCGACGAUGGUUCCGGGCCUGUUUCACCGUGCGAUCCUCCUGUCCGGUUCGGCCUACUCGUCCUGGGCGUUGGUCGAGGAUCCGGUGGUGUAUGCGCUGAAGCUCGCGAAGGAAGUGAACUGCUCCAUCCCGGAAGAUCUGAUCAAGAACCACGAGCAGAUCGUCGACUGUUUGCGGGACGUGCCGUUGGAGGAGCUGUUCGGGGCCGAAAUUCAACCACCGAGCUUCCUGAGCGCGUUCGGACCGUCGGUGGACGGUGUCGUGAUCAGACCCGGCCGGUCCAAUCAGGACAUCGACGAGUUGCCGGUGCGCGGAACCUCGAAACGAUCGCAGGGUGCCGCCGGUCGGUACGAUCUACUGUUCGGCGUUGUUACCGGUGAGGCUCUGUGGCGCUUCAGUGCGGCAGAUAUUCAGAGCGGGUUCGAGGGUGAACGGCGCGACAAGAUCCUGCGGACGUACGUGCGCAACGCGUACACCUACCACCUGAGCGAGAUCUUCUACACCGUGGUGAACGAAUACACGGACUGGGAGCGCACGGUACAGCAUCCGAUCAAUAUGCGCGAUGCGGCCGUGUCCGCACUGUCCGAUGCCCAGUUUGUGGCGCCGCUCGUGCACACCGGGGACAUGCUGGCACCACCGCCGCCCCUGCCCGGCCAGGAACCGUCUGGGCCGAAAUGCUUCUUCUACGUGUUCGACUACCAGACCAAGGACGGUGAUUAUCCGCAGCGCAUGGGUACCGUGCACGGCGAGGACCUGCCGUACGUGUUCGGUGCACCGCUGGUCGACGGGUUUAACCAUUUCCCCCGAAACUACACCAAAUCGGAGGUAGCCCUGUCGGAAGCGAUCAUGGUGUACUGGGCUAAUUUUGCUCGAACCGGCAACCCUAACGAGCACCAUCGGCAGGACUCGAUUCUGGCAGCUUCCCGCGAACGGAAUCGCUUCCGCAGCAUCAACUGGGAGGAGUACGAUCCAGUGCAUCAGAAAUAUCUGGAAAUUGGUAUGAAACCGCGGAUGAAGAACCACUUCCGAGCGCAUCAGCUUUCGAUCUGGCUGCGGCUAAUACCGGAGCUGCAUAAAGCCGGCAUGGAGGACGUGAUAGCGAGGCACAAUCUCUUCAAAAACCACGACGACAUGGACCUGUACGAGGGGCUCGUCAAGCCGGACUCGUUCGCCGGCCGGCUCAACUACCUGGAGGACAAUCUCAAGCGGCGAGGUAUGCUCACGGGCGGUGAACUAGGGCACGCACUGCACGCCAACGUCGUCAUGACAACGGCCGAACCAGUCCUACUCACGACCUGCAUGCCAGUCGGUAACUACAGUGCGCUAGUGCCAACAGCGACCAUUCUGAACGCCACGACGGACACAUUGGCCGGACUGGAGGCGGCCGGAUAUGCGGCCUACUCGACCGCGCUCAGCGUCACCAUCGCCAUCGGUUGCAGUUUGCUCAUCCUGAACGUGCUCAUCUUUGCCGGCGUGUACUACCAGCGCGACAAGACGCGGCUCGAGGUGAAAAGCCUCCAGAAGCAGUACCAGCAGCGCGGCGGCGGUCUGCACCAGCAGGGCCCGUUCGAUCCGAUCAAACACGCGCACUACCAUCUCGGGCACUCGCAGUCGGCGAACGUGAUCGUGGACGUGGAGAACCACGAUACCGGUGCGCUUAUCCUUGCCGGCGACGUCAAGUCGCCCCAUAUCUGUACGAACGCGAUGCAAAUCAGCGUCAUGAAGAGUGGUUCCCCGGGCGGCGUAGGACACGGGAUGGACAAUCGUGGAAACGGUGGUAACAUGGGAAGUGGUGGUGGUGUUGGUAGUGGUGGUGGUGGUGGUGGUGGUGGUGGUGGCGAUACCACAAGCUGUAACGUACCGGCACCGAACGUGACGAAGAUGCCGCUGCAGGCAAACAACACCUCGUACGGUACGGCGAAGCUUCCACCGCGCAGCGAACACAUCGCCAUCCCGAUCAAGAACUCUACCUUCAUCGGCACGGGAGCCGGUACGGGUGGUGGAACGUUUGUCAGCGGAAUGAUGACACUGCCAAAGCCCAGUUCACAGCAGCAACACCAGCAGCAGCAACAGCAGCAGCAAGUACACAUCCCGAUGAGCUACAACCGGAACGAGUGUAUGACGCUACCGCGCAACAUUGGCGGCACCGGACUCAGUGCAUCGUCCGCCGGACCGAAUGCAGAUGUGCAGCAAAUUAAAUUACCACCAAAUGGGACCGCCAUCGGCAUUCACAUGCGGGCGGCCCAAACCUGCUCGAGCGGCUCGCCGGAAAACCGUCCCCUGCUCACCGCACACUCCCAGCAGCAGCAGCAGCAGCAACAAAUGACCGCUUCCGGCCAUUCCCACCAUCAUUCCCAUCACGGUCAGCACGGGCAGCAGCAGCAGCAGCAUCAAGAUAGUCUAACGCAAUUAAAAUCCCAAAAUCUCAAGAACAACGUCUGUCCCCCGCCCCAGCUACCCCACGCCGCGAUGAGCGAGAUGCGGGUCUGAUUGCAUACCGAUUGCGGUGAUUUGGUCUGAGACGAUGGUGGUUUGCGGCUUUUCCCCCUAGCCGAGAACCCGCACAAUUUGGCGGUGGGCUUUACCCGUACGCAUUCGUCGCUGAUACGCGAAGAAAAAUACAGACCGAUCGAAUGUGGCUGCUAAAUUCCGCCACAACCGACCGGAUUUCAAUUUUGCAUGCUCCGUCAUUCUCACCUUCAGCAUAUGGAUCGAUCAAGAUGGCAUCUGGUCGUGCUGAUCUUGACGCGGGGCCGCCCCUCCAGCUCUUCCAGUGGUAUCGUCGAUGGGGCAGCGAAAAAAAGGCGACCCACUUGCUCAUCUUACCAUUUCAUAUGCUCACCCGGAAAGCCUACGACCACAGUUCUCCAACGCGACAAACAUGUCACGGAGACGGGAUUAACAUAAUUUCUUUACCCCUUAUCAGUCAUCAGCACCCAAACGCAAAACCAUCACUUUCGAGGUGGUUCGUAUCGCGUCAAUCAAUCAGCGUAAGGCUUUAUUUCCUUUUUAUGUAAUGUGUUUUACGGCACGGUCCCGUAUCCCCUAAACCACAUCUACUUUCCCUAAUUGAUUUUUCUUUUUUUCCCCUUCCUUCCUUUGCUUCACUCGUUACAUAAGCUUUAUUGCGAACUCAUCAGACAAAAAUCAAUAAACCUGAGUUUAUAUGGUGCCAGAGGUUUGUGUUCGAUUCAAAAACUCAAUUAACACAACUACUCGAAAACACCGCUCGCUCAACCGUACGCCGCGCUGUAAACCAAGCGUUUAAAGGUUCCUCAAACUUGCCCACUUAAAAGUUGUCACGUUUGUAAAUACUUACGGUGCAAAAGAAAAAAAUAAAGCACACAACGUUUUCCACACACGGCUUGACGGUUUGAAGCGAACGUUUUCCCGGACAACAUUCCUCAAACGAACGAUAGUUUUGCGUGAGACUGAGGCCGGUGUGUAAGCAGGUGCUGUUGCUGUUCCAUCCAGCAACAAACACCUAAUUGAGUUUGGCAACACUUCGCAUGUUGUCGGUUUAGUUUUCUACUCGUUUCGUACAAAUAGUUCGCAGAACGCUCUUAUAGUUUAAGCAUGUUUCUUUUGCGAGAAUCCGUACUGCGAGAAUCCGUAUCCGUACUGUGUAAUAAUUUUAGAGACAAUUUUAGCUAUUGAUUUAAGCUGUUUGAAAUUACGCUCCCUGGUUUGGCCAUGCAACAAAUGCUUAAAAUGUUUCAAGUUUGCAUUCGUACUACAACCAUUAUCUGGAGAAAUAACUUACCGAAACAUUGAGCUCAAACAAACCUUUUACAAUGAAACACAUCCAAAUGCUUUAAUUAAUUCGAUCGCACUCUAACCCACUGAUGACUGGUCGCGCCUUGUGUCUGUCCCCAUGCAUCAUGGCUUCGAGGUGAAACAUGAUACAAAACACGAUCCUGCUGCCGUUCAAUUUCGCAACAAUGUUGUGCACACUCAAAAAAAAUGCAAAACUUCGGUAUACAAAAGUGAACGCAAAAAAUCACAUUGCAAUCAGAAUCGAAUCAGAAGAGCGCGCGUCACCACGUGUAAGGGAUAAUUGCAGCAGCGGCAACAUUUUCAAACCGAAUGUUUAAGUGUUGUAAAUUAAAGCAAAACGACCUAGAAACAAGCACCGUGUACAUUGUAAUGCGUAGAAUAAUUCUUCAAUUACCUUUCAACCCCUUGACGUGGCACACGAAUCGGUCAUGCUAGUGCAGUGGCUAAACCGCACUCUAAACCGGAUUGAACGGACAGUUGUUAAAUCACACUCUAGUAGAUAAUGGUAACCGUUUUACAUUGCAUUUUCAUUCGCGUGAACCGUUGCGGCACCACCGUCAUCAUGCUCAUCGUUAACGAACUGUCGCGCACUGGGACGAUUAAGGGUGGGCGGACUGUAUGAAGGGCUUUUUACAGCACGAACCCUGCUCGAUUCGAACGAACAGGAGCGUUGUACAUAUGUUACGGGGUAGUGCCCGAAACGAUACGUUAACAUAAAAUAUCUGUAAAAAAAAAUCCGUUGAAGCUUGAUUGAAAGUGAGAUCAGCGAUGGAACAGAAACUCCUACCAACAAAACCGGCAUGCAACAAACCAAUCACAGCGUUCAAUGUUACUUCAAAACUUAUACACAUUAAGCUCCGAAACCAUACACGCAGACACAUAUAUUUGUUCGAAGCAAAAAGUUUCUUUUUUUUUGGUGGGGAUUGAAACGCUCCAGACAUGGGAGUGUAAGACUUUUAAGGCAACAACGCAUAGAUACGGAUGUCCCGUCGAUCAGAGGGAAACACAACCAGAUAGGAUAUUUAAGAACAUUUAAUGAAUAGUAGAAACAAACAUACCGUGUUGGCGCGCGUGUUUCACCACAAAAUUACGAACGUAACUAGCGAAUCAAUGUAAGACACGGUGGGCAAGGUGUGGGGUAAGUGAUUUGUAAAAUAUAAUGUAAUUAAAUAUUAUUACCGUACACGGGAUUGGGUCAAACCAGCGACCAGAUUCGAAUAAACUAUAUAAACAAACAAUUAUAUGAAA